GAGUGCACAAAAACAGGAUGUGAUGGAGAAGAAACACUGUUAAAGGCACCGAUAGAAAAACUGUGGAACUCAUUUCAUAUGUGGUUUCAGUCACAAGAUUCAAGAGAAAGAGAAGAUGAAAUAAGGAUUGUGCUGCUGGGAAAAACUGGAGUUGGGAAGAGUUCAACUGGAAACACAAUCUUAGGAAGAAAAGUGUUUGAAUCAGACAUUUCUGAAAAAUCUAUUACUAAAGUGUGUCAUAGAGAGACAGCUGAAAUCAACGGCAGACACAUUACUGUGAUCGACACUCCAGGACUGUUUGAUACUGAACUCAGUAAUGAAGAAAUCCAGAGAGAAAUCAGCAACUGCAUCUCCAUGAUCCUGCCUGGACCACAUGUGUUCAUCAUCGUGAUCAACUUAGCACAACGAUACACUCAAGAAGAGAAAACAGCUGUGAAGAUCAUCCAAGAGACGUUUGGUGAAAACUCUUUAAAGUACACAAUGGUGCUCUUCACCAGAGGAGAUGAUCUGAAUGAAAAAACGAUUGAACAGUAUCUGGGAAACCCUGGAUCUGCUUUAAAACAGCUGAUUGAUGUGUGUGAAAACAGAUAUCAUGUGUUCAAUAAUAAAGAGACUAGAGACCGAACACAGGUGACUGAUCUACUGCAGAAGAUAGACAACAUGGUGAAAGAGAACGGAGGGAGUUACUACUCAUGUAAGAUGUUCAGAGAGAUGGAGAGAGAAAUACAAGAACAACAGAAGAACAUACUGAUGGAGAAAGUGAAGCAAGUUAUCAGAGAAAGAGAAGAACUGAUGAACAAACAUGAAGAAGAGAAAAAGAGGAUGAAGAUGAAAAUAGAGGAAGAAAGAAAGAAUCAUGAGAAAGAGAAAAAGAGGAGAGAAGAAGAAUUUAGAGAGAGAGAAGAACAAUAUACAAGAGACAUCAAAGAAAGAGAGGAACAAGAGAAAAAGAUUCGAGAGGAGCUGAAGAGAGAACGAGAGGAAUGGGAGAAACAGAAACAACAGGAAAGACAAAGAAGAGAAGAAGAGGAGGAUAAAUGGAGAAAGAAAGAGCAGGCAACAUGGGAUGAAUGUAAUCAGAGACUUAUAGAAGAGAGAGAGAGAAUGGAAAGAGAGAAGGAAGAUCUCCAAUACAAACAUGAAAAAGAGAAAACGCGAAUGAAGAUGAUGAUGGAUGAGGAAAGAGAGACUCAUGACAAAGAAAGGAAGAGAAGAGAAGAGGAAUUUAGGGAGAGAGAAGAACGAUAUAAAAGUGAGAUGAAAAGAGAACGAGAGGAAUGGGAGAGACAGGAACAAGAAGCAAGACGAAGAAGAGAUGAAGAGGAGGACAGAAGGAGAAAGAUAGAACAGGAAACAUGGGAUGACUAUUAUCAGAAACUUAAACGAGAGAGAGAAAGAAGACAGAGAGAAAGAGAAGAUCUUCAGUUCAAACAUGAACAAGAGAGAGAGAGAAUGAAGAUGAUGGAGAAAGAAAGACAGAAUCAUGAAAAAGAAAGAAAGAGAAGAGAAGAUGAAUAUAUAGAAAGAGAAAAACAAUAUAAAACAGAUAUUAAAAACAUAGAAGAACAAGAGAGAAAGAUAAGAGAGGAGCUGAAGAGUGAACGAGAAGAAUGGGAGAAACAGAAACAACAGGAACGAGAAAGAGAAGAAAAGGAAGAAGAAAGACAUAUAUUUGAGGAUCUUUACACAGAAAGUUCUGAGGAUGACGACGAUUCAUCAUCAGAUUCAGGAUGUUUGAGAAUCUUACUGUUUGGGAAGACAGGAAGUGGAAAGUCUGCAACAGGAAACACUAUCCUUGGAAACGAUGAGUUCCACAGUGAAGCCAGUUCACGUUUGGUGACCACUGUUUGUCAGAUGGGAGUUGGUGAAGUUGAUGGUCAGUCAGUAUCUGUUAUUGAUACUCCAGGACUCUUCGACACGACACUGACAAAAGAAUAUGUGCAGGAAGAAAUAAUGAAGUGUUUUUCACUGUCAGCACCUGGACCACAUGCCUUCAUCAUUGUGCUGAGUGUGGAACAUAUCACUCCAGAGGAGAACGACACUUUAGACAUGAUCAAGAUGAUCUUUGGCUCAAAAGCAGCAGAUUUCUGCAUUGUUCUCUUCACAAGAGGAGAUAAGCUGAGAGGACAAACAAUAGAGCAAUAUGUAGAGAAAAGUAAAGAUGCUGAUCUCAAGACACUGAUCAGUGAUUGUGGAAACAGAUUCCUGGCGUUUAUCAACAAAGAAACACAAGAUCAGACACAAGUUACUCAUCUGUUAAAUAUGAUAGAAGAAAUGAAUCAAGGCCAAUACUUCACUAAUGAGAUGUUUUAUUCGGCAGAGAUCUCCAUUGAAAAAAUAAGGGAAGUAAUAAAAGAGACUGAAACACAAAAUCAUUCUAAAGUUAAAAAAUUAAAAGCCAAAUAUGAUAUGCAAUUUAAAAUCAUGAAAAAGACACUAAACCAGACAAAACAAAAGAUACAUGAGGAAAAACAGAGGCUGAAGAACACGUUCAGAGAACAAGAGGAAAGACUCAGGAGAGAGUUUGAGGAGAAAGAAAAAUCAGAUCAGAAGAAACCAGAGACGGAGGACCAGAAACAAUCAGAAGAAGAGAAACAGCAAAGAGAUGAAUAUCAUCGGAGAAUAGAGAAGAUGAAGAAAGAGAUUGAAGAUCAGAGAAAACUGUAUGAAAAACAGCAAAAAGAAAGAGAAGAAGAAGAAGAUAGAAUGAGAGAAGAAGAGUUUAAACAAGAUCAAGAAAAAAUUCAUAAUGAUCAUGAAUAUAUCAUGGCAGAGUUAAGAAAAAAACAGGAAGAGGAAAUAAAAAAGAGAGAUUUAGAGGAACAAAUGAGGAAGGAACAAGAAGAGAAAGGGAGAGAAGAAUGGAAGAGAAAAAUAAAAGAGGCUGAAAGUGACAAAGAUACUCAAGAGGAAAUUAAACGACAGCAGAGAGAAUGGGAGGAAGAGAAGAACAGACAGAUGAGAGAACAAGAGGAAGAGGAAAUAGAGACAAAAGAGAGACAUGAGAAACAGCUGAGAGAAAAACAAGAAGAACUGGAGAAGAUAAGGAAGAAAUUUGAAACCAACAGAGAAGAAGAAGAACAGAUGAUAGAGGAGGAGAGAGAGAAACUGAAAAGAGAGACAGAACAGAAGAAGAGAGAAUAUGAAGAAAAGAUAAAUGAAAUGGAGAGACAUUAUGAGCAGCUGGAGCAAGAGAGAAAAAAGGAGAGAAGGAGAAGGAAACAAGAAGAUGAAGAGAGACGAGUGGAGAAGAGAAAGAGAUGGAAGAAAAUGAUAGAAGAUCUGAAACAAGAGCAUGAGGACGAGAUCAAGAAAAGAGAAAGAGAGGAGACAGAAAGAAUAGUCAGAGAAGAAAAAGAGUGUGAUGAAAUGAAACAGAAAUAUGAAGAACAAAUAGAGAGGAUGAAGAAGAAACAUGAAGAUGAAGCCAGAAAUUUUAAUGAUUUGAGAGAGAGAAAAGAGCAGCACAUUCAGGAGCUCAAGGAGAGACUUGAAGAGUUUCAAAAACAACAGAAUAAAGUGAAAAGGUUAAGAAUGGACCUAGAAGAUAAAUGGUCAUGCCAUGUCAUGUGAAACAUUAUUGAUCAGCCAAAUGAAUGGUAACGUGACUUUUGUAGUGAUUUUGAAGGGUUUUUCUGUCUUUCUCUUUCUUUCUUCAUAUAAUCUGGGUUAUUCCCACAUGCUCCUGAAGAGUCACUGUCAUGCAGAUUUGAAUAACUUACUGAACAUACCAGUUAUUAUUAAGAGAUCAUGUAGACCUUGAUGAGUGGAUUUGAAUAGAACUAAAUUAAAAUGAUCAUACAAAAUAAUUUUUUUGGUAGAUUAAAAAAAUGAUGAAUUAUAGCAGACCAUAAAAGAUAAAAAAAGGUAGAAAACUGAUGUCAGCUGUUCAUGGACUGUAAAGUCUCUCAUGUAGUACAUAAAAUCUAAG